AAAACGGAAAGAGAAGUGCCUGUGGUAGUAAAGCUCUCAGGAGGGUAACACAACAUUACACUGCGCACUGGCAACGCUGGAUUUGACGUAUUAUUGUUAUUAAACCACCAUUUGACCGUGACCAGUCCCCGUCAGAGGAGGAAAAUGGUCACAAUGGACGAACUUUGUGAAAUGGAUUGCAGCGUUUUGAAGAGGUUGAUGAAGGACGACAGUGCGAAAUGUCUGCUUUUGGACUGCAGGUCGUUUCUGGCGUUCAGCGCCGGUCACCUCCGCGGUGCUGUAAAUAUUCGCUGUAACACGAUAGUUCGGAGGCGAGCGAAAGGCUCCGUGAGUCUGGACCAGAUUCUGUCCGGUGAUGAUGAAGCGAGAGCCCGUCUGAAAUCAGGGCUGUACUCCGCUGUGAUCUUGUACGAUGAGCGGACCUCCGAUACAAACACCAUGAAAGACGACAGCACAAUCACCCUGGUACAUAACGCUUUGUGUAGGGAUACGUUUAGGACAGAAGUCUAUCUGCUGAAAGGUGGCUACGACAGAUUUUCCACACAGUAUCCUGAUUACUGUUUGAAAACCAAAACGCUGGCAGUAUCCAGUCCUCCGUCCAGUGUGGAGAGCAGCUGCACCUCCUGCGGAACUCCACAGCAUGACCAGGGUGGCCCUGUGGAAAUCCUCCCCUUUUUAUUUCUUGGCAGUGCCCUCCAUGCAUCUAAAAAAGACAUGCUAGAUCGUAUGGGCAUUUCUGCUCUAUUGAAUGUAUCUUCAAAUUGUCCGAACCAUUUUGAAGGGGAUUACCAGUAUAAGUCUAUCCCGGUGGAAGACAACCAUAAGGAGGACAUCAGCUCUUGGUUCAUCGAAGCCAUUGAAUUUAUAGACUCCGUCAAGGAUUCCAACGGUCGUGUUCUGGUGCAUUGUCAGGCUGGCAUCUCACGGUCAGCCACUAUCUGCCUGGCGUACCUGAUGAAGAAGAAGCGUGUGCGUCUGGAAGAGGCCUUCGAGUUUGUUAAACAGCGGCGCAGUAUCAUCUCCCCCAACUUCAGCUUCAUGGGUCAGCUGUUGCAGUUCGAAUCACAGGUGCUGGCCACUUCCUGUUCUGUAGAGGCCGCCAGCCCUUCGGCCACUCUCGGCCCCAAGUCUUCCUCCUCCCCCACAUCGCCCUUCAUCUUCAGCUUCCCCGUUUCAGUGGUGAUGCACAGCCAGUCCAGCAGCCUCACCUACCUACAGAGUCCCAUCACAACCUCACCAAGCUGCUGAUACAGAGCAAGACUGUAAAAGAAAUUGCUCACAAACACCAGAAAGGGAGAAUUUUCAGACGUUCUUCACUUUGGCACAAUCAUGUGGUCGUUCCAGCUGAGCUGCACCUUUUUUUUUUUUUAUGGCUUCACUGGUGACCUGCCCUCAUCUAACUCACCCUGCGGUCUUCACCGCACAUUAAUAUCAGAAGAAUAAAUCAUAAUAUCCUGUGGGGACAGUUCAUCUCCUUCAUUUCCUGUGUUUCACUUCCAAAGACUUUGCGAUUGGCCGGCGGGGCUGGUGGGAAUGAAGAACAGGAGGUCCUUCGACCCUGACAAGUUCUUCACACUGCGUCUGGACUUCCCAUUUAUCACUUCCUCUCGCUGACCUUCCUGAAUUCUUUUGAUAGAGACGAUUGUGGCAUGACCUUUGGCAGGAAGUGUCUUUCAUCGAGUUGGUUUUGCAUCUGUCAGUGCCUUGUACAGAGAAGGUACACAGACACUUUCACAAGAAGCUCACGUCGCCUUUCUUUCCGACUGAUCACAAACAAGACAUUCAAAGCAUUUCAAUCUGCAAUACAGAUCCGUUCCUGUCACAGAUCAGAGCAAUAACUUGAUUCUCCUUCCUCCCAGUCACCACCAAAGCACUGUAUGGUCUGUUUAUAUAUAUGUGUGGAAAUGAUCUGAAACAUUUGGUUUUAUUUGAUAGUUUGUACUGAGGAGAUCUUAUUUAUUUCUGCUGUAUGCCUUACCAACAAUGACUUCCGCACGGAAUGUUCUCAUUAAUAGACUAUUUAACAAAUAGUGUAGGAUAAAUCUGGGUUGUACACUGAACCUUUUUACACUGGAAGUUGGGAAUGGGACGAUUGGGAAGCCGAUUUCCUACGAGUCAAUUUUGUUUUUAAUACUCCCCUUUGAAUAGCUCUGUGAGGGAAACAUGCCUUGAAUAGUCCAUAUAGCAGCUGGAUUGUUUGUGUGUGGGGACCUACUUCUUUUUUUUAUGAGAUUGUGGGCACCUUUUAUAGCACUUUUAAGUGAUGCAAAAUUGAUUUGAGGUUAGUUUUGCACCUCGCCAGAAUUAAAGUUGUAACCAGGCAGCGUUUCCCACUCUUUUUUGGCAUAUUAAGUGGUCUGUUUGUCUGUCAAACACUGAUGAGAUGAAUGCAAUACUUUUUACUGUACUUGUGAAAUGUUAUUGUCUGACGACUAAUGGCAAUAUCAUACAGAGGGUUACGAUUUUUUGAACUCUACCCUGUUCUGUUGUAUUAUAUGUAUUUUAUUUAUCUCACGAUUGUCAUUAAAUAUAAACUUCUUUAAUGAAUGUGUGGCGUGAUUAAUUGUAUAGACGAAAAAAGCUACAGAUGAUUAAUCAUGCAUUUUGCUGUAUAGCAAUAGGCCUGUAAGUAAUAUUGCAAUCAUUUUGUAAAAUGAAUAUAACAUGAGCCAUCUCAUUAUUUCUUACAAGAAUUAAAGAGAAGAUAAAAAAAGAAUAGCGCGCGCUAUUAUACAGGAGAAAAGAAUUAGUAUUAUAUCUGAUGAAUGAGGGAAGGAUUAUGAAUAGAUUGAAAAGAGGAUGUUUUUGAAGAGCCACAGCGCCUCCUAGCGUGUGUUCUGAUUUCACGUCACAGUCAAGUCUGAUUGGUGGAAACAAUCCUUCCCACUCAUUUCCCAAAAAGUUGCACACACACACACACACACACACACACACAUAAAUAAAAAGUUUUAAGAGUUCAGAAAAUGUGAGAAAAGACAGCAGACAGUAUUUAUGACAUGUACUUUAUUAAGACCUUUUUACAUGAUUGAGAAGUGUUUGAUUAGUCCGAAGAUGGCUUAUGGCAGAUAAGCCGUUUCUGAUUAAAGUUCACAGGAACAUGAAAAUGAAGUAAAAAUACAGCUCAAACAAUUGAGAAAUAGUUCAGGAGUUGGUCUCCUAAAUUUUGGCUUGAGGGGGAGCAGUGGACAUGUCUGUGCUCAUACUACUAAGAGAAGAAGAAAGGUCUGCUCUCUUUCUCUCUGGUCUGAACACACAGAAUCCUGGAGUAAGGCGGAUGACCUCCAGUACACAAGUACAGAACCACAGACUACACCUGAGCAAAGCAACCAAACCAUGAGACUUUCAGAGGUAGAGCCACGUCCUUCAUUUCAUUCUGUAACAUGAAUGCGAGUCAGCAGAGCCACUGAUAUCAGUAGUGUGUAACAGGAAAAGCGUUACAGAGACCCUCGUAAAAGAGGCGUUUCUCUGACGCCAGAGAAACAAGACUGGAAUGAGCAAGACUGAGGAAUUCUUGUGGUUGUGAUCCAAAACAUAUUGAAAGCAAAAGCAGCGACUUCCGAAGCGAAGUCACUUGGACGUCCGAAAAUAUAGAAGGAAAGAUCUGAAAACAAGAAUUCCCAUUUCCUUUACAGUACUCUGCAUCGGUAAACAACAUUAAAAGCUAUACAAAGGCAUUGUCCAUUACACAACCUGUACAUUACUGGACUUUUUUUUUUAACCUACGUCUUUAAAAUUAUUCGGAAAAACUUAAGACCUGCUUAAAGUGCAAAUUCUUUAAAAGAUGCAUUUUCCGAUUGGGCUAUGGCAAUGGAAUGGGACAUUCUGACUAGUAUUCCUGUGCAAAGAUAUGUUAAAAAACAAACAAACAAAAAAAAGGAAUAAAAGCAUACAAUUUUUGCUAUUUUGUUGUCAAAGGUCUUUUGAAUAGUUCUGAUCUCUGCAUCAACAAUCUUUUGCUUUAAAACCCCUCUAAGGCUUUUUUUUUUUUUAAAUGCAU